AUGAGCAUUGCUGAUUUUGCGGAGAGAGAGUUUGCAAAAGUUGAGGAAGCAGAAAGAUUUUACUGCAACUAUGCUCUUGCAAUUGGUUUUAGCAUAAGAAGAAGUCGUUUGAGACGUAGCAAGGGUGGGGUUGUGAUGGGAAGACAAUGGGUGUGUUCAAAAGAAGGGAGUAGAUCAAAGAAAUGGACGAAAUAG